AUGGGGAUGGAGGCGAUAGAGAGGGGAGGCUCUCGCUCUCUGCUCUUCAGUUUGCUGCAGGUCAGCGACGAGGUGGCACUUCCUCCAAAAACCAAGGAGAUGGGGGACCCCCUGUCAGACGGCAGCCCUCUCGUCGGCGCAGCCUCCUCAGGAAAGCUCCGCCUGGUCCGCCUGCUGCUGGAAGGUGGAGCUCAGGUGAACGGACGCAACCCCAGAGGAGAGACGGCCCUGCUGGCCGCCUGCAAGGCCCUGAGGACGGAGCCCGCCGGGCCUGACGCUGUAAAACUCAUCACAUACCUGCUUCAGAACAAGGCAGACCCUAACGCGCAGGACCAGGCUGGCUGCACCGCUCUGAUGUACGCCUGUAGGAAUGGAGCGGGAGUGCAGGUGGUAUCCGCCCUCUUAGCUGCUGGAGGGGACCCCAGUUUGGAGGACUGCUCUGGAGCUUCGGCUUUGGUCUACGCCAUCAACGCAGAGCACCAGUCCACAGUGAAGGUGUUAAUGGAUGCCUGCCGGGCCAGGGGUUGUGACGUCAUCAUCCUGGCCACAGAGACGGCUUCGAAUGGAGACCCAGUGACCAGGCGUUACUUGAACGUUCCCCCUUCGCUGGACAACCCACCACUGUCCUGCACGUCCCCAUCUGAUAUUGUCCUCAAGGCGGGCUCACCAAACUCCCCUGAGGGAGAAAACGUCUUCGACUUCAGAGUAAGACGUGACAACAGCAUCAGAAGACACCCCUCCUGUGAGUUAAGUCCACUGAGCCAUUCCAGUAGGACUCCAGCUCCCACUCAGGUGAAAUCAUCCGAGCCUUGGCCGGCCAGUCACAACCUGGCCCGUCUGAACAGAGAUCACGAGGACGGCAUGAAGAAGAGGAGUCUGAAGGAGAAGGGAGGAGAGGAGGAGAAGAUACAUUUCCCUCAAUCAAGAGUUGGGGAAGGUAGAGAAGGCAUGAUUCAAAGUAACGCAGAAGGAGGAGAGAAUUCCAACAGCUGCUGCUGCAAGGGUCUCUCUCUGACUCUGAGGGCUUCUCAGUCGGUCCUCUCGCUCACUGAGAUGAGCUGUUCUCAUUUCAGGCCGAGCAGCAGUGUCCACCCGGGCUGUGUGACCCCAAGAUGCUCAGUCUGGGGUGAGAAGCUCCCUGCUUGCCCUUCCAUUCACUUGCAGCGCCGCAGGAACACCUUACCCUCCGUCACGGUGGUCCCCCCUCCGCUUCACCUCCCUCCUUUAAACCAAUCACACUCUCCCCUACAGGCGCCGGGGAAAUGUUCACUUUCCAAAAGCAGAACUAUUGUGUCUCUCUCUCCUCCACCUAGCUCCUCGCCCCCUGGACCGCCUUUCAAAGGAUCAGCGAGAGCCACAUUACUGCCUCCACUCGCCCUCGCAUCCUCCACCACUUCCCCGGCUGCUCCUCCUGCUCGUCCUGCCAGCUGUUACAGUGAAAGAAGCAGGUCAUCACAUCCUUAUUCAGCAAAGCCUGAAUAA